AUGCUCUCGGGUGAGGAAAUCGAUUUUUACUACGGCCAGCCGAGUGAGCAGGCUGUGCCUACUGUUAUUAGCUGGAUCCAUGGCGGCAAAAAGGUGUACGUCACUGGAACAUUCACCGGCUGGCGUAAGAUGAUCAAGCUUGCCAAGAACGGCAAUGACUUCUCGACCGUCAUCAACCUCCCUCCCGGCACCCACCGCAUCCGCUUCGUCGUCGACAACGAGCUCCGCUGCUCAGACGCCCUGCCGACCGCCACAGACUCAAUGGGCAACCUAGUAAACUACGUCGAAGUCGCAGCCAUCGAACUCCCCCCUCUCGAGCGCGAGUCGCAGAUCGAAGACGAGCAGUACGAAGACGAAGUGCCCGUCGCGCCCUUGCACUACACAAACGAGAUCCCCGACAUCUUCACGAACCCGUCCUUGGCCGAGAACCAGAUCAACGAGGUGUGCGACGCGCCCCCGUUCCUGCCUCCGCAUCUAGAAACCGUCAUCUUGAACUCAAACUCGACAGAGAAAGACGACAGCAGCGUGCUGCCGAUCCCGAACCAUGUCGUCCUGAACCAUCUCGCGACAACGUCAAUCAAGCAUAACGUGCUCGCUGUCGCAAGCGUGUCGCGGUAUGCGAGAAAAUACGUUACUCAGAUCUUAUAUGCCCCUCUGUGA